ACCCUCUUCCCUGGAAAAUCCUCAAGAGAGUACCACCACAGGUUGAUUGAUCCACAGCAUAGCCUCGCCCGUUCUUUUCUUAUCGAGUUGCAAGCGCCGAUAGCCAGUCAACCCGCAGGCGCGCGUAAGCUUUGUUUCGGCGCGCGCGUCGGGGGGUGGAGGUGCGUGGACAGGGGGUAGGAGUGACGUGGGUGGAGGAAGGACAAAGGUGAGUGCUGUGAAUGUGUGGUGUGGGCGUUGAAGGGAGUGUGGGACGCGUUGUGCUAUUUGUGGUGGUCGUCGCGCGCGUGUGGUGGAGGGCGAGCGCGAUGGAUGGAGAUGGGGGCUCUCUCUUUGUGUUUCCCGGAAGGGGAUGGUGGGACUGAGGGAGUCAGAUGGUUAGGGGUGGUGGUAGGUGGUUCCUUUGUUUCUUUGGAUUUCGUUUUUGUUUCACGCACCGUCUUUCUCUCUGUUCUGUUCACGCCUUCUCUCUGCUGCUUGUUUUUUUGGACGCAAGGAACGGUGAAGAAUAUACGAUCAUCGAGAGAUCUUGGGAGGUGAAGAAUACACAACGAUUUUGGGGUUUGAAGAGGAAGCAUUCGGUGAAAUCACUUCAAGCGACAGGACCACUAUAAACUUGGAUAGGCUUCUGCCUUUUACACUACUUCCGACGGCUUGAGGCUUCUGCCUUCUACACUAUUUUCGAGGGCUUGGAAGACGAACCUACAUAUAUUCGAACACCACAACCCCAUCACCGCGAUGCGGAAACAAAACCUCAACCCUCUGGGUCUGGCUCUAACACUCCUAGCCACCCUCACCCACCUCAUCACCACAACCUCAGCAGCAUGCCCUGCCAACUUCGACUUCUGCGACGGCUCCGGUUUCCCCUCCAACUUCUGCUGUCCCAGCGGCUCAAGCUGCAUCACUCUCGCCUCGAACACCACGCUUCUCUGCUGCCCCGCUGGCGGAGAUUGCACCGCCAUCAACCCAAUCCUCUGCGGCACCCCAUACCAAAACGCCACCCUCCACCCCGAAUCAACCGUCAAGACAACCGAUCUAACCGGCACCCAGCUGCCGGCAUGCGGCGACAAAUGCUGCCCCUUCGGCUUCACCUGUUCCGGCACCGGCAAAACAGCAAUCUGCGUCCAGGACCUAGACCAGAAGCUCCUCCCCCCCCCAUCCUCCCCAGCCUCAUCCACAUCACCAUCCUCCACCUCCACACUCCCAGCAGACUCGACCUCCGCCGGAGACACCUCUACGACCAUCUCCGCCCUCUCCAUCAACCCCACCGCCAUCCCAGCAACCUGUCCCCGCUUCCCCACAACCGCCAUCCUCACCGGCCUCCUCCCCGGCAUCCUAGCCGGCAUCCUCCUCUCCCUCACCACAUUCUGCCUCCUCGGCGCCCGCCGCCGCCGCGCCGACGCCCGCGCCCCCAAAAUCUCAUCCCCCACCUACCAAGGCUCAGACUUCCGCACCGAUUUCGUGCGCCGCUACCAGCCUUCCAGCCCGGGCACUUCGAGCGGCACGCCCGCUACGGGGAUCAGUCGGGUGCGCAGCCUGUUUCGGAAAUCCUCCUCAGCGGCGGCAGGAGCGCGACAGACGCGUGGAUUGGGAAUGGGCCUCCCGUCCUCGCCAUCCCCGCGGCGCGUGGCCCCACCGAUGCCAGAUCGCGAUUUAAGAGCGUAUCAACAGGAGGCGCCUGCUGUAGGGGGCCAGCUGAGACGAGAGCCCAGCUCGGAGAGUAUUAAUAUCUUCGCUGAUCCGAGUACGGCGCGCAGCGGCGGGUUGGGGGUGGAGGAGCGGAGGCAGUCGGCGCAGACUACUUUUACGGAGAUGAUGGAGCGGGCGGAUUUGAGGGGGGUUGGGCAGGGGGAGCCGUAUGUGUUGCCGGUUAUGCCGGCGAGGGAGGGGGAGGGGACGAGGUUGAGUCCGUCGAGGUUUAGUCCUGAGAGUGGGAGGGGGAGUCCGGGUCUGAGGAGGUAG